GUUUGAUCCUCUUUCUCACGGAUCGCAGUCAACGGGAGUUUUUUUUCUCCCAACUCUUUACGCAUAGGAUUUUUCACCGUUUUUGCCCCGUUGUUUUUUAUUUUAGGAUUUUCGUAAAACGUGGUAAAUCUCGGCGCGGUGUCUGCAGCUUGCGCGCUCCGCUGCACUGGAUUUUAAUUUUGUUUUCUUCCCCUCUCCUAAAUUUGCUUCGAGCUCAUGACUAUGCUUCUUGAUAGCGGUCCGCAGUUUGCAUCGUUAGGAGUCGGGGGUUUCGGUACACCACGGCACCACGACCUCGGGAACAGAGACCCGGGUCUGGGGUUGAAUCCCUUCGCCGAUCCCCCCCACUCCGCAGCUUUCAAAAUCAGCCCCGGCGUGGCACACGAUAUCGCCUCCAGCCAGACAUCAGCUUUCACCCCGCAAGCCACUGGAUAUGCAGCUGCCCUGGGACACACUCACGGCGGGCAGGUGGGCUCGUACGGCGGGGGAGCUUUCAAUUCAACACGGGACUUUCUCUUCCGGAACCGGGGUGUUGGAGAGUCCACGGGGCCGAGCGCACAGCAUGGGCUCUUUGCAGCUUCGGCGGGUAGCCUCCACGGUCCGCCCGGGAUGAGCGAUAACCCCGGACAUCUGUUGUUUCCAGGACUUCACGACCAGGGGGUGAGCCACACUUCACCGAGUGGACAUGUUGUUAACAGCCAAAUGCAUCUUGGCUUACGUGGGGACAUUUUCGGACGACCUGAUCCGUACCGUCCGGUUGCGAGCCCUCGGACGGACCACUACGGGGCUCAGCUCCACAACUACAGCCAUCCCAUCAACAUGAACAUGGGGAUGAAUGUGCCGACACACCACGGUCCCGGGGCCUUCUUUAGAUACAUGAGACAACCAAUUAAACAAGAAUUAUCCUGCAAAUGGAUUGACGAGAACCAGAUGAACAGACCCAAAAAGACUUGCGAGAGGACGUUCAGCACAAUGCACGAGAUGGUCACUCAUGUGUCCAUGGAGCAUGUUGGCGGCCCGGAGCAGAGCAACCACAUCUGCUUUUGGGAGGACUGCCCGAGAGAAGGGAAAUCUUUUAAGGCCAAGUACAAACUCGUCAACCACAUCCGUGUGCACACGGGAGAAAAACCAUUCCCAUGCCCAUUCCCCGGAUGUGGGAAAAUAUUCGCCAGAUCGGAAAAUUUGAAAAUCCACAAAAGAACACAUACAGGUGAGAAGCCGUUUAAGUGUGAAUUUGAUGGCUGUGACAGACGCUUCGCCAACAGCAGCGACAGGAAAAAGCACAUGCAUGUGCACACAUCAGACAAGCCAUACAUCUGCAAAGUGUGCGACAAGUCAUACACACACCCCAGCUCUCUCAGGAAACACAUGAAGGUACAUGAGUCUCAAGCAUCCGAAUCGUCUCCAGCAGCCAGCUCUGGAUACGAGUCGUCCACACCACCAGUGCUGGUCUCAGUCAACACGGAAGACCCGACAAAAACACCGCCAUUAGCGGUGCAAAACACGUCUGGUCACAGCGAAGGACUGGCACCCAACUUUAAUGAAUGGUACGUUUGAAGUCGGAAGAGCAAACCAUCUCUCAAUGUGGACCGCGGAGUUGAGGAUAACAAAAACAACUGAAAAACUAUUCCUGUUCUCUUCACACACACUCAUGCGCACACACAAACACAGUCACAGUCACACACACACACACACACACACACACACACACACACACACACACACACACACACACACACACACACACACACACACACGCUGUCAGACACACACAAAUGGGAUUGGGGCAUCAACAACAACAACGACAGGAGAUGAGAGCAAAAGCCAGCACCAAGCAGGCCACGUACGUUCUCAGGAUCGCAAAAUGUGACUUGUAUUGCGCAGUUUUGAGGAAAUCAAACAAAAAUCAUGAAUAAAUAGAACUCAAUACUUUCUCAGUAUAAAUAAAUGUUUUUUUAUCUUUUAGUUUACAGAAAAAAUGUUUUAUUUUUCAUUUUAUGUAUUUUCUCAAAUUUUUAUUUAAAAAAAAGAAUAAAAAGGAAGAAUAUUUCACACUGUUUUAUAUGACGGUGACGCGCUAUUGUCGCCUCUUCAAUUGAUUGUUGGAACUUCAGACAGUCUUAAGAAACGUGCCAAAGUCUUUGUCAUGAACUUGAACACAGAAAAAAAAUCCUAAAUAAAUAUUAUACUCGUGAAUGUAUUUCCUUGUUUGAUGGGGUCGAAUCUAUUGUCAACGUCCGUUUUCAGGUGGAGAAAUGUGGUAUUAGGUUACGAUUGUUACCGUUAAAUAUAACGUUGCCUUUUGUUAAUACCGUUGUAAAUACAUAUCCAUGAUGCCAUAUUUAUCAAUUUGUAAUUUAAUUAUGGGUAUGAGUUCUGAAACUUAAAUGAUAUUUAUGGAAAUGUUUUCUAACAAGAACUGUACAGUUUUGGUCAUAACCAGCUUAACAUUGAACACAUGAUAAACUCUAAAGCUCCAACAUCGCGAUUGUAUCCUUCUCCUUUUCUUUUUAACCAAUAGGCCUAUAUGUGUCUUAUUUGGAUCGAAGAAAUCAUCUAUAUGAAUAUUAUGGAUUUGUCUAUAUAUAAUGCAGAUAUUUCCGUCACUUUUAUUUUCUUUAUGAGACCAUUGACAUGUAAAUCAUUGACAUUGUAGAACUGAGUUCAGUUGAGCUGAGAAGCUAUAAAAAGGGUUCUGUUGAUAUCUUUAUUUUUGGUUAAACUUUUUUGUGUAUUUUACUUUUCUAGUAUCAGAAAUAGAUGUCAAUUCGUAGCAUAAACUCAGUAUUAAAAAAAAGAACAAAUCCAUCAGCCUAUUGCACUCCUAUACAGGUCUUAGACGAUUGUGCGAAGUUCAUGAUUUCCAAAUCAAGGAGACAGCAUUUUAUUUCCAAUUCGGGUCAAGCACCCACUUAUAUGCGCCAGUAUGGCACUCUUUAUAGUUCCAGCAAUGUCUUUGUGCAAGUAUGUUUAAAUGUGUGCAUCGGCAACAAUGGAACUGUCACAACACAGUAUCUUCAAAAAUAAAAAAAGUUUUUUUGUCCGUCAGCUUGCAUUGUUUUAAAUGUAAUUCUUCUGUGAAACUAAGUGUGUUAUUUGUUGUGGUGUUGCAUAUAGAGCAGUUUGAUUACACAUUUGCUUGUUUUGUGUGAAUAACUUGUCAAGAUUACAUUUUUUGUGUUUAACAAAAUCUAGUGGAAGGAAUUUAAAAAUAUGUGAGUUGGGGGAAGAAGCCGUUCAGUGGCAAAAAGAGUUACAGCAUUGCAUUGUAACCUAUUCUCAAGAAUUAAAUAUUAUGCAUACACAAAGUAUAUUGUACUCAUAUGAGGACAAUUUUCAGACCACCAGCACUACUUUUAAAAUAAAAUGUAAAAAACGGUACCUCGUGACAGUGAUAUAUGAAAUAAGUUUAUUUAAAUAAUUUAAGGAAUAUAUGUUUUAUAUGCUAUUUUCUAUACCUUAAUUUAAAUGAAGUACUUUUUCUUAUUCCCACCACCUUUCUGCCCCAUGUCCAGAGGUCAGCGAAAAAUAUCUGAUGUAUAAAAACAGCUAGAAUGUGAUGUUGUAACACUUUCUGGGAGAAAUGGGUCAAACUCCAAGUUAUUCCUGAAAAGCAAAAAUGUUUUACUGAUGAACUGUGUCACUGUGCCACAUUGAGGCAAACCCUGUUGCAGCAGGCCUAUGAGUUAGCCUAUUUAGCUACCAGAGGCAAAGGUUCCUUGUACUUUUUAGGCUACUGUCUGUUGGUUGAUUUGUUUUACCAACUAUUUAUGAAGAAAUGUGAACAAAAUUUUGACUGAAAUUAAAAAAAUCAUUAUGAAAAGCAA